UCAAUCAAAAGGACCAAAAUACCCUUUUCUCUAAUCAUAUUUACCAUUACAAAAUCUUCCCUUUUCUCCCCACUAAUCAAGAACCAUCACCAACCUUUCUCACCUCAAACUACUCCACAUUAACUAAGGUUAUUUUUUAUCAAAAUUUUAUUCCCCAUUCCGCAUUAAAAAGUGGCUAAACACGGCUGUUUCGCCAUAAAUAAUUUUCACUCUUUUGAAAUUAUAUUCCGAAUUCAUGUUUGGACAAUUCGAAACACUCCAAAUAGCUGUUUUCACGUUUUUCACUCCAAAUUACUCAGAAGAAUUCGACAAUUUUUUAAAUUGCAUUCCUGUCCAAACACAACUCCAAUUUCUAAUUUCCAAUUCUCAAAUACCAUUUUUCUAACUUUUUUCCAAAUAUUGUGCUACCUUUUCAAAUAUAACAUUUUUUUUUAUGUCUAAAUGCCACUAAAUAUGAACGUUGGCUAUGUCCAAAAAAUAGUUAUUUACCAAUUUAUCUCCAAAUUGAAACACUCCAAAACUACAAGGACCAACUUGACUUUUUGCUCUUGACCUCCACCCUAGCCUCUCCACCAUUAACAAUGGCGUCUUCAACCUUCAUCUCAAUCAAAAAGACCAAAAUACCCUUUUCUCUAAUCACAAAAUCAUCCCUUUUCUCCACACUAAUCAAGAACCAUAACCAACAUUUUUCACCUCAAAUUACUACUCCACCAGUGGUAAAAAAAGUACCUUUUACUGUUUCUGUACAUGGGGUUACAUGGAAUGAUCCUUACCAUUGGAUGAAAAAAACCAAUGACCCUGAUUUUAUCAACUAUCUUCAUCAAGAAAAUUUGUAUGCUAAGUCUUUUAUGAAGGAUACUGAGGAAAUGCAAAAGAGUUUCUUUUUUGAGAUGAUUAAUAGAAUGCCUUCCAAGAUUUCUACCCCACCUGAACUAUGGGGUUCUUGGUUAUACUACCAGUACACACCAGAAGGGAAGGAGUUUCCAGUAUUAUGUAGGAAAUUGGCUGCUGAGAACAAAGGUUGGAUGAGGACGGUAUCCAAAUAUAUGAUUGGAUCUUCUAAGGAGGAGCAAAUACUGCUUGACUGGAAUGAAAUUGCGGAAAGAUAUGGAUAUGUUCAUGUGGGCACAUGUCGAGUAUCCCCAGACCACAAUUAUCUUGCUUACACAAUUGAUAUUACUGGUAGUGAGCAGUUUGUGCUUCAGAUUAAGGAUCUACGAAAUGACUGUGUUCUGCCAACCCUGAGAGUUGAAGGGGUUGUUAGUGUAGAAUGGGCUCAAGAUUCUUCUACUUUCUUCUAUACGUUAUCUGAUCAGAACCAACGGCCUUACAGGGUACAUUGCAAAAAACUGGGAUCAGAUUCUGUUCAUGAUGUCCCAUUGUUUGUAGAAAAUGAUUCUAGUUUCUGUGUGGAUAUAGCAAGUACAAAGGAUGGAAAGUUUAUUACUGUUAAUUCUAAUUCAAGAACAUCAUCUGAGGUUUAUGUUAUAAAUGCAACCAAUCUGCAGACUGGAAUUCAAAGAUUUUGUAACCGUGCUUCUGGUGUACAAUAUUUUCUUGAACAUCAUCAUGGCUUUUUCUAUGUUCUCACAAAUUCUUGUAAUGUUGGUGACAAAUCGCCUUUGAGUGGAGAGUAUUAUUUGGCUAGAUGCCCUGUUGAGAACUUGCAGUCGACCUGUUUGCAGCUUCGUCUGCAGAAUAUUAUAGCACCUAGCGGGGACAUGUUCAUCCAAGAUAUGGACAUGUUUAAUGAACAUUUGGUGCUUUUUCUGAACAAAGAGGGUUCUUCAUCGAUAUGUUCCGUUGAUAUGCAAAUGAUCAUCAAUUGUGAGGAACAAAUGAAGAUUGAUGAACUUAACCCUUGGUUCUUUCCUCUUCCCUCUGAUAUAUGUGCAAUAGCUCCAGGCUCAAAUCAUGAUUUCACACGAGCUGUAUACCGUGGUGUUGUGUCUUCCCCAGUGAUGCCUGAUGUUCUUGUCGACUAUGAUAUGUCAAGAAGAACGUUCUCUGUCAUUCAGCAAGAAGAAGUAAUUAAUGUUCGCGAUAAUAAAAAGUACCAUUCAAGCAAUGGAGAGAGAAGCAGAAAUGAGCUUCUGGGCAUCCCUUUAAAGAAGGAACACAAUGAAGUGCAGAGAUGGAGUGACUUUGCUGAAAUUUAUUCUUGUGAAGAAAAAGAAGUGAUAUCGCAUGAUGGUGUAAGGAUUCCUAUAACUAUUCUGUUCUCUCGUAAAGCACAUAAGAAGGGUCAGUCUCCCGGGCUUCUACAAGGGUAUGGAGCAUAUGGAGAAAUGCUAGAUAAAAGCUGGUGUGGGGACCGCCUGAGCUUACUUGAUCGUGGUUGGGUGAUUGCAUUUGCUGAUGUAAGGGGUGGUGGUGGUCCAGAUCCUUUGUGGCACAAGUCUGGGAGUGGAAUGAAUAAGUUGAACUCUGUAAGUGAUUUCAUAUCAUGUGGUAAUUAUCUUGUCAGUGAGGGUUAUGUUCAUCAAGAUCGGCUGGGAGCUCUUGGUGUAAGUGCAGGAAGUCUUCUUGUUGCAGCAGCAAUUAACAUGCAACCUAAACUUUUUCAAGCUGCAAUUCUGAAGGUUCCUUUUCUGGAUGUGUGCAAUAGCUUGUUGGAUCCCAGCUUGCCUCUCACUGUUUUAGACUAUGAAGAAUUUGGAAAUCCUCAACUACAGGCCGACUUUGAAUAUAUUCUUAAGUAUUCUCCUUAUGACAAUAUUCCUGAAGGAGUUUGUUGUCCGGCAAUGCUUGUGAAAGCUUCAUUGAACGACUCCAGAGUUGGUGUUUGGGAAGCUGCGAAAUGGGUGGCCAAGAUGCGGGAUAAAACAUGCACUAGGUGUUCUUCUUCAGUCAUAUUGCAGACAAAUAUGAGUGGAGGACAUUUUGGUGAAGGUGGUCGUUUUGGCCAAUGCGAGGAAGCAGCUCAUGAAUACGCUUUUCUGAUGAAAGUCCUGGGGAAAUCUUGAACUAAAAUGGAGCUUCUGGAUUUUGAUGACAGAGGGUUGGUCCAGUGCUGUCUCGCGAUGAGUGAGAUUAGCUGGCAAAUGUUCACCAGCUGAAGCUCUAUUUAACCAAAUGCACCCAGAAACUCCUCAUGGUACUUGAACAUCCUGCUGUUGCAGAAUGGCGUGACUCGUGAGAAGAAGAGCUGGAGACACCAGAAGUUGACUGCUGCCAUUAUCGACCUUAUGAGGGUCUGAAUUUGCAGUUCAGAAGUCUGAACACACACAGCCUGAUUGGAUUACAAGUCAAUCCACAAAGAAACUGUUGAAUGAUUUGAAAGAAGUGCCUUAUUUGAGGCAGAGUUACCCGGUAUUUGUGCUAGUGAAAGUUAGCAGGUACUGGGUAGAAAAGUCGAGGUGAGCACAUGCUUGCCAGACACGACCUUUAUAAAAAAAAGGUACCUUGUGUGAGCCAUAACCAUGCAAAUCCUGGACCUGAAAGUUCAAUAAUAUUCACCAAGGUAUAAUAUAUCUCAUUCAAUGCUCCA